UCAGAGAUAGAAACACCCAGAGAGAGAGAGAGAGAGAGAGAUGGCAGGCAGAGUGGUUCUUCAUGGAACUGGGGCUAGUCCGUACAGCAAGGGGGUGGAGCUAGCUCUGAAAGUGAAAGGGGUCGAGUAUGAGUUCGCGGAAGAAAACUUGACGAACAAGAGUGAAGCGCUCUUGCGGUACAAUCCUGUUCACAAGAAAGUCCCUGUUCUUGUUCACGACGGCGUGCCCAUCGCCGAGUCGCUGGUCAUUAUCGAGUACAUCGACGAGACUUGGAAGGAGGGUCCUCGGCUCUUGCCCCAAGAUCCCUAUGAAAGAGCCAAAGUUCGCUUCUGGGCUGGCUUUCUCCGCCAGCAGUUCUAUGUGGCCAUGGCCUCUGUGAUCAAAACUGAUGGAGAAGCGCAAGAGAGAGCUGUCAAGGAAGUGCACGAGCAACUGAAGGUGUUGGAAGAGGGCAUCAAGGGCAGUUAUCCCAGGGGGUCCCCAUUUAUCAACGGCGACAACAUGGGACUCCUAGACAUUAUUGUCUUGCCGAUAUUGGGUGCUCAUAAAGUUCUGGAAGAAGUCCUCGGUGCGAAAUUUCUGGACCCAGAGAAGUAUCCAAGGGUGACCUCCUGGGUGAAAGCUCUAACUGAGUUGCCAUUGGUGAAAGAGGCAACGCUUCCUCAUGAGAAGCUGGUUGGCCUUCUUCAGUUCUUGAGGGCUAGGGCUCUUGAGUCUGCAGCAGCUUAAUGCUUCUAAGGGUCUCCUUGAUAAUAAUGGUGGGAACUUCGUCAGUCACAUUCGCAUGUCAUGUUUGAUUGCACUUCGAUGUAAUCCGAAUGUAUUUGCGAAUAAGCUAUUGCCCAAUAAAGUUUACUUCAAAUGUUUCCCUA